UUUUAGUGUUGCUGUAACGCAACACAACUUCGCCGGGGCUGUCGAGUUUUUUAAAACACGAACAGAGAUUUGUAACGUUGUAUCGCAUGAACUGUACGAUUGAUGACAGGCGUUGAUUCGAAUUGGACUCUUUUUCUGGUAAUGUUGGUGAAGAAGUGAAACUGUUUCGCGGAGUGGUUUACUGAACUGGCGCCGGAUUUAUGGAAAUGGAGUGUGGUGUAUCAUCGGUGUAUCAUCAUUAGAACGACUACAAAAAGAACGGAAGAACUCAUUGCAGUUGAGCUCUCAACGCCAAAACUAAAACACACCACCACACACCCAGUUUAAUAAGGCUACGGACUUGGAUCUUUAGCAGACGGGAUGGAACGACGUCGCAAACUUUGUUUAUUUUUGGCUUCGAUCCUGUCUUGUUUACAGUGGACAACCUCUUUCAACCUGGAUAUUGACAAGCCCUAUGUAUUCUCUGGACCGAAAGGAAGUUAUUUUGGAUUUUCUGUGGAUUUUUUCCAGCCAAAUAAUAAGCAGUCAAACAUUCUUAUAGGAGCUCCCAGAGCCAACACCUCCUCACCUUCCACCGUGGUGGAGCGAGGGGCAGUCUAUACCUGCCCGUGGCAGAAGAGUAGUGACUGUACCCAAGUGCAGUUUGACAAUACUGAUGAUCGCGAGAAUAUGGAUGGAGUCCAGAUGGAGGUCAAGUCCAACCAGUGGUUUGGAGCCACGGUACGGUCAGAUGGUGAACACAUCCUGGCCUGUGCACCUCUCUACCAGUGGAGCACGUACAGCUUCUCCGAGCGAGAGCCUGUUGGAACGUGUUUCUUGAAGAAAGGACGAGACGUGGUGGAGUACUCUCCCUGUCGAUCUAAUGCUAACUCUCCAGAGGGACAAGGAUUCUGUCAGGCUGGAUUCAGUAUUGACUUUGUCAAGAAUAACAGGGUGGUUGUUGGAGGCCCUGGUAGUUUCUAUUGGCAAGGUCAGCUGAUCAGCGACGAUAUCUCUGAGAUCAUCGCCCGGUUCAACAACAACUACUACACUCCUUACAGUAACCAGCUGACCACCAAGUCUGCCAGCGCUCAAUACGACGACAGCUAUUUAGGUUACUCUGUGACCGUCGGAGACUUCAAUGAGGAUGGAGAAGAUGAUUAUGUUACUGGGGUACCCAGGGGAGACAAAGCUCUGGGCUAUGUGAACAUCUUCAAUGGGAGGAACAUGGAGUCGAUGCAGAACUUCACAGGAACGCAGAUGGCAGCCUACUUUGGCCAUUCAGUGGCAGCGACCGACCUCAAUAAUGAUGGGCUGGUGGAUCUGUUUGUGGGCGCCCCUCUGUUCAUGGAGCGUGGUAGUGAUGGGAAGCUGAGGGAGGUGGGCCAGGUGUCUGUGUUCCUGGCGAAGGGAGGCUUCUCCUUCCACACACCCAUCACACUGAGUGGGACAGAGAUCUACUCACGCUUCGGCAGUUCUAUCGCCACACUGGGGGACCUGGAUAUGGACGGCUUCAACGACAUUGCCGUAGCUGCACCCUACGGCGGGCCGAAGCACCGGGGCCUAGUGUACAUCCACAAUGGGAGGGCUGCAGGGCCUGACCCAGUGCCUUCUCAGGUCCUCGAGGGGAGGUGGGCCUCCUCUUACAUGCCCCCCAGCUUUGGAUACUCCCUGCACGGAGCCACCGAUAUUGACCAGAAUGGAUACCCAGACUUAAUAGUAGGUGUGUUUGGUGCAGACAAAGCCGUUCUCUACAGGGCCCGGCCCGUCAUCAGUGUUAACGCCACCCUGGACAUCAGCCCUCAGAUCCUCAACCCGCAGGAUAGGAACUGCAAACUGCUUGACCGUGACACACCAGUGUCCUGUUUCAAAGUGAAGUACUGUGUUAAGGCGAGUGGGAGAAGCGCUCCAGCCUCACUGAAGUUCCAGGUCGACCUGGUAUUGGACAGACUCAAACACAAGGGGGCGACAAAGAGAGUACUGUUUCUCCACGGCAAGACGUCCCGGUACACCAAGAACAUGACGGUCAGCAACGGCCGGGGACCAGCCUGCGAGGAGCAAGAAGCCUUCCUCAUAGAUGACUCUGAGUUCCGGGACAAGAUCACUCCCAUCUCUGUGUUCAUGGAGUUCAGUCUGGACUACCAGCAGGCUGCAGAUAAGACCGGUCUACUGCCUAUCCUGGACCAGACUACGCCCACCAACAUCUCCAAACAGGCCCAUAUCCUACUGGACUGUGGCGACGACAACAUCUGCAAGCCAAACCUCAAGCUGUCUGUGUUGAGUGACCAGAAGGAGAUCUAUAUAGGAGAUGACAACCCCUUGACCCUGGAGGUGACAGCGGAGAACCGAGGAGAGGGGGCGUACGAGGCAGAGCUACAUGUCUUCCUUCCUCCCCAGGCCGACUUCACCGGGGUCGUACGCAACAGUGAGACACUGUCUAGAUUGUCCUGUGCCUACAAGAUAGAGAACCAGACCAGGGUGGUGGUGUGUGACCUGGGGAACCCUAUGAAAGGAGGAACUAAGGUACUGGCCGGUCUGCGUUUCAGCGUUCACCAGCUGUCAGAGCAGGACACGUCUGUGAAGUUUGACCUGCAGAUACAGAGUUCCAACCAGUUCAACAACACCAGCAGUCUGGUCCUCAGCAUCACAAAGCUGGCUGUCCUAGCUAAGGUGGAUGUCAGAGGGGUGUCCGCCCCAGACCAGGUCUUCCUGCCUGUUGCCAACUGGCAGCCUAAAGAGAACCCUGUCGUAGGAGAUGACAUCGGCCCACAGAUACUGCACGUCUAUGAGUUGCGUAACAGAGGUCCCAGUACCUUCAGCAAGGCCAUGUUGGACAUCGAGUGGCCCUACAGGUUCAACAACGGCUCUCUGCUCUACAUCACUAAACUAGAGGUGGACGGGGACGGAGGCAUGAACUGCAGUACAGACAUGGAGAUCAACCCACUCAAUGUCUCGAACCCUCUAUCUGGAGAGAAGAACACCACCUCUCCAAGUGGAGGAGGAGACAGGACAGAGGGAAGGAACAGGAACCACGUUCACCGCAGAGAGCUGGAGAGGAAGGAGAUGGAGGGAGACCUGGAAACUCUGGACUGUUCCAAGGUCCAGUGUCUGAAGAUCCGGUGUCAGGUGGGCCGCGUGGAGAGAGGUCAGAGUGCUAUCCUCUACAUCCACUCCAGACUGGGCGUGGCCACCUUCCUCAAGACUGAGAGCCAGAACCGUUCGUUCACCGUGAGAUCCUCCGCUUCCUUCAGCGUCAUAGAGAUGCCUUAUAACAAGAACCUGUUGCCUGAGCUGCCCUCCAACACUACUACGGUGAGUAUGUCGGUGAUCUGGGUUAAAUCUGAUCCUGAACCUGUCCCUUGGUGGAUAGUGGCUCUGGCCCUGAUCGCUGGACUACUGCUGCUGGCCCUGCUCAUCUUCGUCAUGUACAAGCUGGGCUUCUUCGAGCGUGUACGCCCCCCACAGGAAGACAGCACGGAGAAGGAGCAGCUGGCACCGCAGGAGAACGGCGACAGGAACACUGAUGCUUGAAAGAACCUGAGGGCUACCAAGGCUUUCAACACACGACCCUGUGUAGCCGUCUGUAAAUACACAACAGAUAACCUGUGUCUGAAUAGGUUCCCUAUGUAGUGCACUACUUUGGAACAGAGCCCUAUGGGAAAGCACCAGUACACCAUCUACUCUUUAUAAUCAUACUCGCACUGUACCUGUACCUGCAUCCUGAAGCCCUGUACCUUGCAUCCUGAAGCCCUGUACCCUGCAUCCUGAAGCCCUGUACCCUGCAUCCUGAAGCCCUGUACCCUGCAUCCUGAAGCCCUGUACCCUGUAUCCUGAAGCCCUGUACCUGAAGCCCUGUAUCCUGAAGCCCUGUAUCCUGAAGCCCUGUAUCCUGAAGCCCUGUACCCUGCAUCCUGAAGCCCUGUACCCUGCAUCCUGAAGCCCUGUACCCUGCAUCCUGAAGCCCUGCAUCCUGAAGCCCUGUACCCUGCAUCCUGAAGCCCUGUACCCUGCAUCCUGAAGCCCUGUACCCUGCAUCCUGAAGCCCUGUACCCUGCAUCCUGAAGCCCUGUACCCUGUAUCCUGAAGCCCUGUACCUGAAGCCCUGUAUCCUGAAGCCCUGUAUCCUGAAGCCCUGUAUCCUGAAGCCCUGUACCCUGCAUCCUGAAGCCCUGUACCCUGCAUCCUGAAGCCCUGUACCCUGCAUCCUGAAGCCCUGCAUCCUGAAGCCCUGUACCCUGCAUCCUGAAGCCCUGUACCCUGCAUCCUGAAGCCCUGUACCCUGCAUCCUGAAGCCCUGUACCCUGAAGCCCUGUACCCUAAAGCCCUGUACCCUGCAUCCUGAAGCCAUGUACCCUGAAGCCCUGUACCCUGCAUCCUGAAGCCCUGUACCCUGAAGCCCUGUACCCUGAAGCCCUGUACCCUGAAGCCCUGUACCCUGCAUCCUGAAGCCCUGUACCCUGAAGCCCUGUAUCCUGAAGCCCUGCAUCCUGAAGCCCUGUACCCUGAAGCCCUGUACCCUGCAUCCUGAAGCCCUGUACCCUGCAUCCUGAAACCCUGUAUCCUGAAGCCAUGCACCCUAAAGCCCUGUACCCGCAUCCUGAAGCCCUGUACCCUGAAGCCCUGUACCCUGCAUCCUGAAGCCCUGUACCCUGAAGCCCUGUACCCGCACCCUGAAGCCCUGUACCCUGCACCCUGAAGCCCUGUACCCUGCAUCCUGAAGCCCUGUACCUGCAUCCUGAAGCCCUGUACCCUGCAUCCUGAAGCCCUGUAUCCUGAAGCCCUGUACCCUGAAGCCCUGUACCUUGCAUCCUGAAGCCCUGUACCUUGCAUCCUGAAGCCCUGUAUCCUGCAUCCUGAAGCCCUGUACCUGUAUCCUGAAGCCCUGUACCCCUGUACCUGUAUCCUGAAGCCCUGUACCUUGCAUCCUGAAGCCCUGCAUCCUGAAGCCCUGUACCUGUAUCCUGAAGCCCUGUACCCUGAAGCCCUGUAGCCUGCAUCCUGAAGCCCUGUACCCUGCAUCCUGAAGCCCUGUACCUGUAUCCUGAAGCCCUGUACCUUGCAUCCUGAAGCCCUGUACCCUGCAUCCUGAAGCCCUGUACCCUGCAUCCUGAAGCCCUGUACCUGUAUCCUGAAGCCCUGUACCCUGAAGCCCUGUACCUGUAUCCUGAAGCCAUGUACCCUGCAUCCUGAAGCCCUGUACCCUGCAUCCUGAAGCCCUGUACCUUGCAUCCUGAAGCCCUGUACCCUGCAUCCUGAAGCCCUGUACCCUGCAUCCUGAAGCCCUGUACCCUGCAUCCUGAAGCCCUGUACCCUGCAUCCUGAAGCCCUGUACAUACAUCCUGAAGCCCUGUACCCUGCAUCCUGAAGCCCUGUACCUGAAGCCCUGUACCCUGCAUCCUGAAGCCCUGUACCCUGCAUCCUGAAGCCCUGUACCCUGAAGCCCUGUAUCCUGAAGCCCUGUACCCUGAAGCCCUGCAUCCUGAAGCCCUGCAUCCUGAAGCCCUGUACCCUGCAUCCUGAAGCCCUGUACCCUGCAUCCUGAAGCCCUGUACCCUGCAUCCUGAAGCCCUGUACCCUGCAUCCUGAAGCCCUGUACCUGCAUCCUGAAGCCCUGUACCCUGCACCCUGAAGCCCUGUACCCUGAAGCCCUGUACCCUGCAUCCUGAAGCCCUGUACCCUGCAUCCUGAAGCCCUGUACCCUGAAGCCCUGUAUCCUGAAGCCCUGUACCUGCAUCCUGAAGCCCUGUACCCUGCAUCCUGAAGCCCUGCAUCCUGAAGCCCUGUACCCUGCAUCCUGAAGCCCUGUACCCUGCAUCCUGAAGCCCUGUACCCUGAAGCCCUGUAUCCUGAAGCCCUGCACCCUGCAUCCUGAAGCCCUGUAUCCUGAAGCCCUGUACCUGCAUCCUGAAGCCCUGUACCCUGCAUCCUGAAGCCCUGUACCCUGCACCCUGAAGCCCUGUACCCUGAAGCCCUGUAUCCUGCAUCCUGAAGCCCUGUACCCUGCAUCCUGAAGCCCUGUACCCUGCAUCCUGAAGCCCUGUACCCUGCAUCCUGAAGCCCUGUACCUGAAGCCCUGUACCCUGCAUCCUGAAGCCCUGUACCUUGUAUCCUGAAGCCCUGUACCUGAAGCCCUGUACCCUGCAUCCUGAAGCCCUGUACCUUGUAUCCUGAAGCCCUGUACCUGAAGCCCUGCAUCCUGAAGCCCUGUACCCUGAAGCCCUGCAGCCCUGUACCCUGAAGCCCUGUACCUGUACCCUGAAGCCCUGUACCUGAAGCCCUGCAUCCUGAAGCCCUGCAGCCCUGUACCCUGAAGCCCUGUACCUGUACCCUGAAGCCCUGUAGUCUACUACUCCUCGUGCAUAUAUCUAGACAACACUGCUGUAUGACAUGGCUGGGAGGAGUAAACAAGUGGUUUAAAAUGCUGAUGUAAAUCAUAUUUGAAAAAGGACUCCCCAUCUUCUUCUGGUUAUUGUUCUGCAUCUUUUAGUGCACUUGGGACUUUCCCUUUUAAAUGAAUUGCUACAACAAUGUGAAUUUGAGAGGUUGUGAGGAUGAUAUGAGGUAACCAUAGCAAUGCUGUAGGGUCUUUAACUAUCGUCUUCAAUGACAUGCAUUUUCAUAGGGGGGGGGGGGGGGGUGAAAUGGUCACUGCAAGGUGUUAAUAUGGACUUAUUGUAUGUUCUGUUAUGCUUCUGCAAUUGAUGACAUUCCGGGCAGUUUUCCCACUCUCCAGAUACAGGAUUAUCCGUAGUGACGUACAAAAUCACAAGUCUCUGUGUGUAAAUGUACAAUUACUAUUUGCAUUGAAAGGAUGAAUUUACCCAUAUUGGGUAAUCAACGUGGAGCUUGCAUCAGAGCACUAUAGUCUCUAAUGAAACAUUACCCAUCACCCACUGCUUCAUCCGUUUCUUCACACUUUUGGUUUUUAUUAUUUAUCUAAAAGCAAGUUUGAUGUUACAGACCUAGUUGUAAUUUUUACCAGACACUUUUUCAAUUGAUUUCAAGUUGUUCCUUGUUCAUACUUUGUUUUUUUAAAGACAAUAUUGGAAACCGGUGAGGUAUUUCUUCCCCACGUAUAUCUGGUUGAGCUGACAAAAGUUUUGAUCUUUCCUAAAUUAAAUGUCUAAAACCAUAAA